GCCUGAAGCGGGGGGUGGGCGCGGGCAUGGCCGGGUUCGGCGCGCUGGGGCUGGCGGCUUGGCUGGCGGAGCAGGCGGGGCGCCUGGGCCUGGUGCGCCCCAGCGCCGUGCAGGCCGCCUGCAUCCCGCCCGUCCUGGAGGGUCGCGACUGCAUGGGCUGCGCCAAGACCGGCAGCGGGAAGACGGCGGCCUUCGUCCUGCCCGUCCUGCAGAAGCUCUCGGAGGACCCCUACGGCAUCUUCUGCCUGGUGCUGACGCCCACCAGGGAGCUGGCCUACCAGAUUGCAGAGCAGUUCCGCGUUCUGGGAAAGCCGCUUGGAUUGAAGGACUGCAUCGUUGUCGGAGGAAUGGACAUGGUGGCCCAGGCACUGGAGCUCUCCCGCAAGCCUCAUGUUGUCAUUGCGACACCUGGCCGGCUGGCCGAUCAUCUCCGCAGCUCCAACACUUUCAGCCUCAAGAAGAUCAAGUUCUUGGUUUUGGAUGAAGCUGACCGGCUGCUGGAACAGGGCUGUACGGAUUUCACCAAGGACCUCGAGGUGAUUCUAGGAGCAGUCCCAACAAACAGGCAGACGCUGCUCUUCAGUGCCACACUGACUGACACACUUAAUGAGCUGAAGAGUCUUGCCAUGAACAAACCCUUCUUCUGGGAAUCUCCGGCAGAAGUGCGAACAGUAGACGAGCUGGAUCAGCGCUACCUGCUUGUGCCAGAGAGAGUCAAGGACGCAUACCUGGUCCAUUUGAUCCAGACAUUCCAGGAUGAGCACGAGGACUGGUCCAUUAUGAUCUUCACCAGUACCUGCAAGGAUUGUCAGAUCUUGAACAUGAUGCUGAAGAAGUUCAACUUCUCGUCGGUGGCUUUGCAUUCCAUGAUGAAACAGAAGCAGCGCUUUGCAGCCUUAGCCAAGUUCAAGUCCAGUGUUUUUAAGAUCCUCAUUGCCACAGAUGUGGCUGCCAGGGGGCUGGAUAUUCCCACUGUGCAAGUUGUCAUCAACCACAACACCCCAGGCCUGCCCAAGAUCUACCUCCACCGUGUGGGUCGUACAGCCCGAGCAGGCCGGCACGGGAUUGCCAUCACACUGGUGACACAGUAUGACAUCCACCUGGUGCAUGCCAUCGAGGAGCAGAUCAAGACGAAGCUGCAGGAGUUCUCAGUCGAGGAGCGUGCUGUGCUUGACAUCCUCACCCAGGUGAAUGUCACCCGGCGGGAGUGUGAGAUAAAGUUGGAGGCAGCCAACUUUGAUGAGAAGAAGGAAAUAAACAAACGGAAGCAGAUGAUCCUGGAGGGCAAAGACCCAGACCUGGAGGAGAAGAGGAAGGCGGAGCUGGCUAAGAUCAAAAGGAAGAACAAGCAGUUUCGUGACAGCGUCCAGCAGACGCUACAGGAGCGGAUGCAGCUCCAGGUGAAGAGGAAAUUGCAGAAGCGAAUGCGGCGGCGACAGUGCCUGGCGGCCAAGGAGGAGAAGUGAGAGCCC